AUGGAUGGCAUCGAAGGGAAAAUAAAAACCAUGUAUGAAGAUUUCCAUGUGCACGAAAUUACGAGAAAUAACAACAUUUUGCACUUGGAACAGCUCAUACAUAGAGAAAAAAUUAAUCAAAUUAUUCACCAGAAUGAGGAAGACGAGAGGGAGAAAAUAAUCAGGAGCAUCUCCAAAACGGAGUUACACUUGCAUGUGCUAGCCAAGUAUGUAAACAAAGACAAUGUGAAAACGUUCAGGCAAUUUCUUACUUUGUUACACGACAUAUAUCAGUUAAAGUUGAACAGUGAGGCGGGUGAGUUACCGCAGGAGUUGCCGAGGGACGGCUUGAAGAAAAUGUCCAUUCCGUACUGUCUCUUUAUACACCUGGACGAGAUGCCUACUCCGGCGAACUCCCACUUGGAUGAAAAUGGGAAUUCCAUUCGCGGUGAAGAACCCCUUUGUAGUGAGGGACUCCCCCAAGAGGACCCCACGGAUGGAAACAAAACCACGCGCAGAAACAUCCACAACGUUAUAAAACAGUAUUACCCAUUUCUCCUGACGGAAACGAAAAAUGUCCCCCAGAGCCAAAGUGUCCUUUCGCAUGGAAACAUACUACAAGGAAAUGCCAACUGUGAAAAUAACAGUGUAGAGUUCAUUAAAGAAAAAAAAGACGAUGCACAAAUCAGCGCGAUACAAAUAUAUCCAUCCUUUAAUUGCUUAAAAACUCUUUUGCCACAAAACAUAUUUAACAAAUUAAAAGGAAAUGCGAAGAAAUCUCGAUUCAGCCAAAACGAUGAAUUGGAAAAUAUUAUCUGCCAAAAGUUGGACCAAAUGGAAGAAAAAAAAAAAAUUACAAAAUUGCCUGAACAGGUGAGGCAGUUUUGCGGAGAAGGAAUCUCCCAGGAAAGCUCUAACGCUGCAAUGGGAUUCUUCGAAAAUAAGAAAAGGAAAAUUGAGUGCGGGACUUUGGCUCACAGUUUCGAUGGCAACUGCACAGGGGGGGGGAAUAAAAAAGUGCGCGGGGAAGAGGGAGGCGAAGCGGAAGUCAAAAUGGAAGUCAAAUCGGAAGUCAAAGCGGAAGGAAGGGCCACUACUGCCAACCUUCGUGAGAAUCCCCCGCGUGACGAUUCAAAAGACAAAGCGAAGGGGGGAGACACCCCAAAAGGGAUAACCCCAAUAUGUGACGAAGAGGGCGUUCCCCCCAACGGACAUGUUCCCCCCUACAGUGUAGGUAAAAAUGGCAACACGGGCCACACCUAUUCCAACCAGCUUAACCACGAAGAACACUCCGAAAACGCUACAGGGGGGAACUUCCUGGACAAGCUAAACGAUCACAGGAAGAAGAAAAACGAACAGAAAAAGGGAAAGAAGUACCUGCACUUCAAUCUGUACAAGGAAAACAAAGACAUAUGCGAAGUGCUGCACAAAAUAAAAAUAAAUUUAAAGAAAAAAAACGGAGACAUAUCAUACUGUGGGAUUAAGGACAAGAGGGGAAUAACGGUGCAGAGGUUUUGUAUUCACAAGGCGAAGAAGUUUGACUUGUUUAGGCUGAUAAUGGGGGGGGACAGUGUCAGCCGCGAUAGAGGCGGUGAUAGAGGCGGAGAUAGAAGUGGUGGUAGAAGCGGCGAUAGAAGAGGCGAUAGAAGUAGUGGUCGAAGCGGCGAUGGAAGUAGUGGUCGAAGCGGCGAUGGAAGCGCUGGUAGGGGUGACCCCCCCUCCUGGUGCAACAACGUCUACGUGUCGAACCUGAGUUACAAAAAAAAAAAACUCUCCCUGGGCGAUUUACAGGGGAACUUCUUCAAGGUACUAAUUAGAGGAGUGGAGGACACCUCGGAGGAAAAAUUUUGUGCACUCGCUGACAACUUUAGGAAGGCAGGAUUUGUAAACUACUUUGGCCACCAACGGUUUGGCAGUAAGCAAAUAAAAAAUUACGAAAUUGGCAUCUGCAUACUGAAGAAGAAUUACAAGCAGGCCCUCUUCCACGUCAUUGAGAAUGCCGGGCUGGACAGCUCCAAGAAGGGUCGCCUCAUUGAGUACUUGAACGAGUUGGAUGCGACAAACCGAGUGGAAGGCGAAGAAGAGGUCGUCGUUCUGACCACACCCAAUGAUGAGUCACAUGUGUGGAAAGACGAGAAAGACGAGAAAGAUAAAAAAACAAUUUUGUGCUCCUUAAAAAAUGAUAAAAAAUUUAAAAAUGCAUUCAUGAAUUUACCCAAGGAUAUAUUUUCCCUCUUCAUACAUUCUACCCAAAGUCUCAUAUUCAACAUCCUUGCGGAUGUACGAAUGAAGAAGUAUGGCUUUGCCGUCGUGGUUGGCGAUCUUAUCGAGUCCAGUCGUAACAACGAAGAAGCUCUAAGCAGUGAUAAUUUCACUGAGCAUCACUCAGAUGAGUCGGAAAGUGGUGAACCUUUAUACGAAACGAACAUAAUCGUAGUGACACCUGAAAAUAUUUCUCUGUACGAUAUUUACGAUGUCGUUUUACCAUUCCCUGGAGAUAAGAAUUUUGUGUUUCCUCCAAACCUCACCGAAGAAUACAAAUCUGUGUUGAGCAAUUUGCGCUUAUCGUUAGAUGACUUUCGAUCCGAAAAGAACUUCUUCAGUGCACCUGGUGGUUAUCGAAAGGUCGUUGUAAAGCCUCGUGAUUUCAAGUCCCUUUUUAUUAAAAGUGACGCAGCGGGUGGCGGCAGGAUUCCCUUCAUACGGAGUGAUUUGACCAAGCUGGUGGAGCAGGAGGGGUGGGCGCCCAACUCGGAGGCCAACUCGGCUGAGAGGAGUGAGGAACCAAACAGGGACGCCGCCAAUCCCGCUGCUACAACGCGCAUGGCGGACGAAAUGCAGACACACAUCACCUUCGUCCAGAGUGACGUCUACCACGAGCAUUUAAUUAAGGAGGUACCCAACUAUCGAACGACGGCCUCCGUCCUUUUGACUUGCUCUUUACCCAAAUCGUCCUACAUCACGGUGGCGCUCCUGGAGGUGCUGAACAGUUAG